CAAAUACCUACCCAAACGCGAUUUCCGUGGCCGCCUUGUUUUCCGUGGCGAAGCCAUGGAACGGUUUGGGAAACUGGUGAAACUGGCACUGCCACUCUUGCGCUGGUACGUCAAUUUCUACAUCCUCAUUCUUGCGAUCCUUUUGUGGUACAAGACCCAAGUGUUCACCUUCACCGUUGAUUCCAUUGCAGAGGAGGUCGCCGUCCUGGUCUUUCUGGCCCUCUUGCUGCACUCGCGCUUGGCUUUGCUGGGCCGCGGCUACGGGACCCAUCGAGUGUCGCUGCUGAUCUUCGUGGCAUGGCUGGGCCCUGUUGCGGCGUUCAUGUUUGGCUACCAUCUCAGCUAUCAGGUCUAUGUCUUGCACCUGGAAGAGAUCUUGGCCAUGGGGGGUCUAUGCUUGCUGCUGUUGGAGGCGCUUCUGCUCUCUUUGCUUGGAAUCGUCUUGGCUGAGAGCCUUCCGGAGCGGCUGGUCUUGUGGCUUGGGGGAGGAGCCACGGUGGCCACCUGUGUGGUCCUGAGCGCCCUGCACUUCUCUUUAGCGUCACCGACCGCCUUCGAGGGUCAAGAUCAGCCGACCACCAUGACUGCCCGGUGAGGGUGAGAUCAGCAGAGCAAACAUGACCAAACCAUGAAGUAGUGGUUUUUCGCGGCGAAGAGCAGAAGCUGGAGGAGAGAUCGGAGGCUGGACCGGAGUUCUGAGCUCCCAUGGCUCCAUGGAUCUCCGUCGCCCAAGCGGUCCCGGCAGCGAGCAUGGCCGGUAGCGGAGCGAAGCGAAGCGAGGGACCGGCCGGUCCUGGAA